AUGGUUCUCGACCUGAGCCCAGGGUUUUCUCUGGACAGAGAAACCUCCUGCCGUGGGAUGAAUGGCAAAGGCCCAGGACGACACGGUCUGGCGACUCUAAUCCAGCAACUGAGUAUGGCCCGUAAACAAGGUUCGGAGGUCAACUCACUUGGUCCACAACUCAUUUCGUACGACCUGUUGGCUCCUUUGAUGAAAUCACUCACAUCUCUUGACAAGUCAAAUCAUCCCCCUCACUCGCUGAACCCGGACAACGGGACAACACACGCCUGA